CCAUUGCGUUGCGCGCGGCCCGGCGGCGGCGUGGGCGCAGGCGGUGCCGCGGGCGGCGCAUGCGCCCUGCCCGCCCGAGGGCCCUUCCGCGCAUGCGCGCGGCGCGGCGCUCCCUUUCUGCCCCUCGCUGGAGCCGCCAUGGCGCCCGUGAAGAAGCCGGCAGCGAAAGGUGGCAAAAAAAAGAAGCAGGUGCUGAAGUUCACGCUGGACUGCACGCACCCGGUGGAGGACGGAAUCAUGGACGCCGCCAACUUCGAGCAGUUCCUGCAGGAGAGGAUCAAGGUGAACGGGAAGGCCGGUAACCUGGGCGGGGGCGUAGUGACUAUCGAGAGGAGCAAGAGCAAGAUCACUGUUACUUCAGAGGUUCCCUUCUCAAAGAGGUACCUGAAGUACCUGACCAAGAAGUACCUGAAGAAGAACAACCUGCGCGACUGGCUGCGCGUGGUGGCCAACAGCAAGGAGAGCUACGAGCUGCGCUACUUCCAGAUCAACCAGGACGAGGAGGAGGAGGAGGAGGAGGACUAACCCCGGGGGGAGCGUUUUGUACAUUUUAUUAUAAUUUUUUUUUUUUUUCCUUGAAUAAAUCGUGGGGGAAAAAAAAAAAAAA